UACGGACUGUCAGGCCUCUGGGGCCGCUGCCGACGUGUGGGGAAGGUCGAAGGCUGCGGCGCUGCAGACUGCGUCACGGCCUGGCGGCCCGUCAGUUUUCUCCUGCAGGUGACCCAGUGGAGGAGGUGGCGGCUGCGUACCUGGGCAUUUCAGAUCUGCUUGGUAAACCUGGUGCACCACCAUGCUGGCGGCAAGACUUGUGUGUCUCCGAGCACUACCUUCCAGGGUUUUCCACCCAGCUUUCACCAAGGCCUCCCCUGUUGUGAAGAAUUCCAUCACAAAGAAUCAAUGGCUUUUAACACCCAGCAGGGAAUAUGCUACCAAGACAAGAAUUGGGAUUCGACGUGGAAAAACAACCCAAGAGCUCAAGGAAGCAGCUUUAGAACCAUCGGUGGAAAAAAUAUUUAAAAUUGAUCAGAUGGGAAGGUGGUUUAUUGCUGGAGGGGCUGCAGUUGGUCUUGGAGCUUUGUGCUACUAUGGAUUGGGAAUGUCUAAUGAGAUCGGAGCUAUUGAAAAAGCUGUAAUUUGGCCUCAGUAUGUGAAGGAUAGAAUUCAUUCCACAUACAUGUACUUAGCAGGAAGUAUUGGUUUAACAGCUUUGUCUGCCGUGGCAGUGAGCAGAACCCCUGCUCUCAUGAACUUCAUGAUGAGAGGCUCUUGGAUAACCAUUGGUGCAACCUUUGCAGCCAUGAUUGGAGCUGGAAUGCUGGUACAGUCAAUAUCAUAUGAGCAGAGUCCAGGCCCAAAGCACCUUGCUUGGUUACUACAUUCUGGUGUGAUGGGUGCUGUGGUGGCCCCUCUGACGAUAUUAGGGGGCCCUCUUCUCGUCAGAGCUGCGUGGUACACGGCUGGCAUUGUGGGGGGUCUCUCCACCGUGGCCAUGUGUGCGCCCAGUGAGAAGUUUCUGAACAUGGGGGCGCCCCUGGGUGUGGGCCUCGGUGUCGUCUUUGUGUCCUCUCUAGGAUCGAUGUUUCUCCCGCCUACCACUGUGGCUGGCGCCACUCUGUACUCAGUGGCAGUCUAUGGUGGGCUAGUUCUUUUCAGCAUGUUUCUUCUGUAUGAUACACAGAAAGUAAUUAAACGUGCAGAAGUGGUACCAGUGUAUGGAGUUCAGAAAUACGAUCCCAUUAAUUCGAUGCUGGGAAUCUACAUGGAUACAUUAAACAUAUUUAUGCGUGUCGCCAGUAUUCUGGCAACUGGAGGCAACAGGAAGAAGUGAAGUGACUCGGCUUCUGACAUCCUCAAUACAUCAGAUAUCUGGCUUGUUUAAUAGGGGCAGAUAUUCAUUAAAUAGUUUGUACAUGCAGCUUUCGUUGACGUUUAGAAGAUAAGAACUUGCCAUCGUGUUUCAGACGCUCCCGGGAUGUGAUGCUUCGGGUCUGCUUUUCUCCGGGAGAAUAAAUUCAGUAGUUCUCUUCCAGA